AUGGAUACCAUCAAGAACAACUCCACCGUGUCCGCUGCCGAGGUCAAGCCCUUCAAUAUCAAUGCUGCCCGCGGAUCCGCCGUAAACACUGCCGUCGAGAUCUUCACAGUCGAUCAAGGGCACGUCAUUCUUCCCAACGACCUCUCCCCUCUCGACGCCCUGUCCAGUAUCCUCCGCAGUAUCUCGUCUGUCUUUGAGCUCGAUGUCUGCCCCGACCUUGACCUCAGCUGCCGUAACAUCCUCCACCGCAUCCUUCAAUCCAUCUUCGACACAAACACACAAUUGCUCCUAGAGCAAGAGACAUCCGAGUUCUUUGCGCAUCUCAGCUCAAAACAAAAGGCCCGCAUCGUGGCCCAGGCCAUUGCUGCUUUCACAAUCAUCUUCCAGCGUCUGGCGCAGACGGGCGAGAAGGUCAACUAUGGCGUCCUCAACCGCGAGGCCCAGUUGUUCGCCGAAAGUGACCAGCGAGCUUUGAUGCAGAGCCUUAUCGAGGGCGACAACGUGUUCGAGAAUUGUUUGAAGAAAAGCGACAUUGCUGAGGCUAUCAUCGCUGCCAUGGACGCUGAUGAAGACGCCGCGACACCCCAGCCCAUUGCCGCUGACGACAAGCAAGACUUUAUGUUCUCACCAAGCGCCGCUCUGGAACAUAAGAACAUGGGCGUUCCCUGGGGCUUCAGCAUCAUGACGAUCAACUAG